AUGGCAGCACGGAAACUCGCAGCCCUCUUCACCGCAGUUCUGCAGCUUUGUUUAUGUCAAAUAACUCCAGAACCAUUGCCAGAAUUUUUAGCUCCAUUGGAAAAUCAUACAGUAAUCCAAGGCCGUGACGUCUUCUUCACUUGCGUCGUUAAUAAUUUACAUUCGUACAAGGUGGCUUGGAUGAAGUCUGAUUCACGAGCAAUUUUGGCAAUACACACACAUCUAAUAGCGCACAAUCCACGACUUUCAGUUACGCAUAACGGGCAUAACACAUGGAAGUUGCACGUAUCAAACGUUCAAAAAAACGAUUCUGGUGCUUACAUGUGUCAAGUGAACACGGAACCUAUGAGAAGUCAGAAUGGAUACAUGGAGGUGGUGAUACCGCCGGAUAUUAUGGAUGACAGAUCUGCUGACGGUAUGAUAACCCAUGAAGGUGGGAAUAUCAAAUUAAAAUGCGUUGCAACUGGCUCACCGAAACCUACCGUUACAUGGAAACGAGAAGACGGUCGAAACAUUGUUCUUCGAGAAGAUGGACAAAAGCAAUCAAUAAAAAAUUACGUGGGUGAGACUCUAGAAUUAACAGCAGUCCUUCGACAAGAUAUGGGUAUAUACCUCUGCAUAGCCAGUAACAAUGUGCCCCCAACAGUCAGCAAACGUUACUCCGUUGAUGUUCACUUUCAACCGGUGAUAAAAGUAACGAAUCAACUGGUGGCAGCACCAGUACAGAGUGAUGUCGUCCUUCAAUGUCACGUUGAAGCUUCUCCACAAGCAUUGAAUACUUGGUACAGAAAUACAGGCCUAAAGUUGGUGCCCGGUGAUAAGUAUGCAAUGUCAGAAUAUGCAUUGAAUGAUUACUCUUGGCAGAUGAAUCUCACUGUUAAUUCUUUGGACAAAAAGGAUUUCGGAGAAUACGUUUGUUCAUCGGUGAAUGCUCUUGGAAAAGCGGAUGGUGUUGUACGAUUACAAGAACUGCAUCUUAUUGCAAAGACAACUCCCAGUACCUUCGUGAAAAACACCGAUCUGAAGCUUCGAAAGAAGCCUAUUCCGAAAGGAAGAAAGAAGAAUAGCAACAGCAAUGGGAGAAGAAUACACGUGGCUGGUUUCGAGGAUUUCGAUUCUUCCGAAAGUGACGACGAUCUCAGUACUACACAGAUCAUGGCUGGUAGUACUCUUCAAGAAAGUCAUAGAACAGAAAGACCGUUGGCAUUACCAUCGUUAUCACCACCUUGGGUGAUCCUAAACACUGCCAAUUCCAGGCAUCAUUCUGUGCCGAUCACGCUAUUCUUUUCAGCGUUCGUCUUAACCGUGAUAUGCGUUCUUUAA